AUGUUGUCUUUUGCUAAAAUCCCCAAAAUAAACAGCGAGCUUGCAGUUGAAACUACAAAUGUGCAGUCAAGCAAAUAUGAUGGCCUGGUUUUAAUUUAUUCGAAUUUCGAAAGUUUAAAACCUUCCAACCUCUCGGCUCCUUUCGCAGAAACUAUAAAAUCCUAUGCCUCUAUUGAUGAUAAAUUUGGUCAAGAAGUUGCUUUGAUAGCUGAUUCUACUGCAGUGGGUGGAAGGCUGGUUUUAACACCGACUGGAAGCUUAUAUGAUGAUGUAGACGAUGUUAGAAGAUUUGCAGAUGCUGCCCAAAAAGCAACAGUUCGGGCAAUUGAAGCAGGCAUACGCAAACCUCUUUAUUAUUUUGCUGAUAAGCCUAAUAGCGAAGAUUAUGUAAACUUUGUUCAAGUGAGUCUUUUGGGAAUUUUGGAUGCUGCUUUUGAACAGAUAACUUUCCGAGAACAUCGACCCAAGACAUGGAGUAAAAUCGACGAGAUAGGCAUUGUACUCGAAGGCCUUGUGGAACCCGAGAAUAUUAGUAAGAUUUUAGAGCAAGUAGAAGCCAUUGAAGCGGGUAAAAGAAUCGCAAAGGAUCUUGGAUCUCCCGAUCCAGAACGAAUGACUCCUUCGAAUUUUACUAAUUACAUAAGGGAAGUCUUUGAAACUUCCGAAAAUAUUGAAUUAACAGUCAUUGAGGAUAUUGUUACAAUUGAAGAAGAAUAUCCUCUUUUACAUGCAGUGACUAGAGCAUCUCUUGCUGUAAAAAGGCAUCAUCCUAGAAUAGUGAAAAUUGAAUAUAAAUCACCUGAUCAAUCCCAAGUGAAAGAAAAUUUAUUCUUUGUUGGCAAAGGUGUUACAUACGAUACUGGGGGUGCUGAUAUUAAAGCUGGUGGUCGCAUGCGCGGAAUGUCAAGAGACAAAUGUGGUGCUGCGACGGUCGCUGGGUUCUUGAAAACUGUAUCCAAGUUACAACCUGUGCAUGUUAAUGUGACGGCAGCUUUGGCUUUAGUAAGGAAUAGUGUGGGUUCUGGCUCAUACGUAAGUGAUGAGGUUAUAUAUUCGAGGGCUCGUGUACGAGUUCUUGUUAAUAAUACCGACGCCGAAGGCCGUAUGAUAAUGACAGAUUUAUUAUCAGAAUUCAAAGAUCUGGCAUUGAAAAAUACAGCAAUACCAUCAAGACUUUUUACAGUUGCCACUUUAACUGGACAUGCUUGUCUUUCGCAUGGAUACUACGGAGCAGUAAUCGACAAUGGGCCAGCACGUAAAGCAGGUAUAAGUCAACGCAUUAUUCAAGCAGGCCAUAUUUGGGGUGAUCCAUUUGAAUUAUCCAUGUUACGUCGUGAAGAUUAUGAAUUAAUUACGCCUAGUAGCAAUCGUGAGGAUGUGAUACAAUCAAGUCUUAAACCUUCGAUAAAAACCUUUCGAGGACAUCAAUAUCCCGCUGCCUUUAUGAUCGUUGCUUCAGGUUUGAAAGAUCAUGGGUUAAAAGCUCUCAAAGAAAAACAAAUUAGUUAUAGUCAUUUGGAUAUUGCGGGUAAUGCUGAAGCGCCUGCCAAAGGUUUGAGUCUUCCUGAAGUAACGGGAAAUCCUGUAGCAGCUUUAGCCGGAGCUUUUUUGUAA